AAUUAAUACGACGAGUUUCAGCGGAACAGAUGAGGUUUAGAGACUUUUGUCAAAAGCGCAUGGAUGAGGAUGAUAACCGCUCCAGGACGAUAGGACAACAACUGAGCGAAGAAAACCCGUUCAGUCUUUAGUCUAGGCUGCAACUGGACAGAGAUCUUAGGUUUAUGUUGAUACGGUCAUCCAUUCUUCUUUAAUCUCAGUGCUUUAAGCUGAUUUAUGUUCGAUCCGCUGCCCAAGCGCGCAGUUCAAGUGCGUCUCGAUGCGCGUAAUUAUUUUACUCAAUCGGAGUAUUGAAGGGUUCGGUCCAGUGCGUGGUGUCCAUCCGAACUGGCUGACAAAUUCAGAUUAACAAUUGGACAUCUGAAUAUAUUUUUCCUGUAACAUCUCAAUAAAUGGGUAACCUGGAUAAUAGUUCUCUAAGGGAUUGUGCAUUCUGUUAAACUCAUACCGCACCACUUGUUUUGAAAUCGGUACAUCUUAAACAAGACCAUAAUGAUUUUAAAAUUGGUUCUUCCACUGAUGUCCAUCGUUUUGACACGAGGUGUUCAUGGUCAAAUGGUCCAGAUGGACAGCAUUAAGUCAGGAUUUGUGGGCUCACAGGUAGAGCUACGCUGUCAGUUUGUCAACAGCAACCCACCUGUAAAAAUCUCACAGGUCACCUGGCAGAAGCUUGUCAAUGGCACCAAGCAGAACGUCGCCAUUGCCAAUCCAGCCCUGGGGGUGUCGGUACUGAGCCCCUUCAAAGAGCGUGUGCGUUUCAAGAACCCCGCCGUCCGCCAGCGCACACCUUCCCUGGAGGACACCACCAUAGUCUUCAACAAACUAAAACUGUCGGAUGAAUCCACCUACAUCUGCGAGUACACAACCUUCCCAGCUGGCAACAGGGAGAACAUGGUUAAUCUCACUGUUUAUGCUCGUCCUAUAAUCCAGAUGAGUCUGUCCACACCCUCCAUAGUAGCGGGAACCAAAGAUCUGAAGAUGACUGUUUCCACGUGCGUUUCUGCCAAUGGGAAGCCACCCAGUGUGAUCACAUGGGAAACUGAUUUAGAUGGAGAAUCCAACACCCAGGAGAUUCGCAACCCUGAUGGGACUGUCACUGUGCGCAGUGAUUACUUGGUGGUUCCCAGUCGAGAAAUACACCAACAGUUGCUCACCUGCAUCUCCACAUAUAAUGACGAACAAUACACAGACAGUGUGAUGCUCAACAUUCAGUAUGAACCAGAGGUGAUAAUAGAGGGCUUCAAUGGGAACUGGUAUUUGAACAGAGAAAACGUUCAGCUCACCUGCUUGGCUGAUGCCAACCCACCUGUCUCUUUGUUUCAGUGGAGAUACUUGAAUGGAACUAUGCCGAGUACAGCAGAGCUUCGCGAUGAUGUGCUGAUCUUUAAAGGUCCCGUAACUUAUGACAUCGCAGGCACAUACAUCUGUGACGCCAGCAACAGCAUUGGGACAGGCUCUGCGUCUGCUGAGGUCAUUGUCACAGAAUUCCCUAGCCACCCACACGAAGUGUCUCAGGAGCCACAGCAAGCAGGUGCCAUCAUUGGUGGAGCUGUUGUUUGUGGCACAGUGCUGUUGACCGCCAUUACGCUCAUGGUAGUGUUUUGCUAUCGCCGGAGAUGCAUGUUUAAAGGAGAUUACAGUACCAAGAAGCAAAUCCUUGGAAAUGGUUACAGCAUGGCUGGCAGCAUGCCAUCACACCCCUCGCUACCUCACAGUCUGACCUUCUCCGAAGACUCAGAUGAAGAGAAGAAGAUGGAAAUUUACAGAGGCUCCAGUAUCUUAGGAAGAAGCAGUCAGGAGUUCCACAGCUGCCAUGACAGCAGGAUGAAGGCCUACCACACAGGACUGAUCGAGGACCAUGAGAGAUGCGGACGUAGCGAGCAGACUUACAUUUAUGAUUAUGGAUCUGAGGUGGAGGUCUCAGUGGACAUGAUUCCUCAGAUGGACGGCUCUGUCAUCUCUAAAGAAGAGUGGCUUUGGGAUCCAAACUGACAAUGGAUUUGAUUCACCUAGAGGACAUUGUUGACAUGAAAAUCCAAACUGAUGAUGGAUGUUUGGAGAUUGACCAAUGACUUUGCCUGAUAAAAUGUCUCUGUUUCAAAAUCUAGCGAGCUGUUUAUGGCAUCCAUCGAAUUAUGCAUAGUUAUUUGCAUAAUUAUGCUGCCUCUUGAAAUGCCUAAUUUUAGCCAAAUUCUAAAUAAUGCAUUUCAAUCUCUCACAUAGAAGACUGUCCCAUAAUACACUGCAGCAAGCUCAGAGGGAAAAAAACGAAACUAAGAUAGUGUCAUUUAAGUUUUAUUAUGCAAUUCUAAGUUGUAUUUCUUAAAAGUAGUGAUGUACAUCUUUCAAUGCAAUUAAUUACAUUACAUUACAUUAAUUUUACCAAAUAUUUGUUUAUGUUUAUGCCAGUAUUGUGCUGAGAGCUUAGCAACAGGCUAACUUCAAACUCUAGUCGAUUAAGUUGAUUGUGAUUUGUGUUCUUUAGUACGGAGUACUAAUUACUAAUUCUACAUAGGUUGGUGUUCUAAAUCAGUUAUUUUCCAUUAUGUUUUGGGAUGUUGGCUCACUAGGUUUUGUAACAGUGCUGUUAGUUUAGCAAUAUUCUAACUGUAUUGGAAUCAGUUGUGAACUCCGUUCUCCCCUGCUGUGACACACUUCUACAUGUGUUGGCAUCCCAAAUUGGUCACUGUUGUAUUGUUCAGUCAUUUUGUACCAGUGCUGUUAGCUUAGGAACAUGCUAACUUCAAACUAUAUUGACAUCAGUUGUGUGUUGUGUUCUGUGCUGAGUGUUUAUGCAUAUAGACUAUUGUGCUGUUUGCUUAGCAACAUGCUAACUUCAAACUUUAUUGAAAUCGAUUGUGAUUUGUGUUCUCUAGCACUAUUUACAUGGCACACCGAGUUUCUACAUAGGUUGGUGUCCUAAAUCAGUUAUUUUCCAUUACGUUUUGGGAUGUUGGCUCACUAGGUUUUGGAACAGAUGUAGCCAAAUAUCUCUAACAUAAUCUAGGCAUUUGUUUGGAAGAGAAUACAUGUCUUGACAGUGCCGUUAUAUUGAGAAAUAAUUUUUGCCUCGGGAUAGUGUUUACUUGAGAGCAGUUGAAACUUCACUAUAACUAUAAAUUGUGAAAGUCUUACACUGUGUGCAUAUUUUUGUGCAUGAUUCAUGGAAACAUUGCCUUGUUUUGUCAGAUAUUGUGUUUUUUUAUUGAAACAGAAUUUCUGGCUACUUUAAUCACAGGUUUCAUAAUACAGUACAAUAAACUGUACUUCCCUGCACUGCAGUAGUCAAAUACCACCUGUAAAGAAUAUGAACAUAGAUAAUCACGCAAAUAAUCAGUGACUGUAGCUUUCAAGAGUCAGUGAUUUACUGCAUGUCUCAGUGGCUGCAAUCUACAAUAUGAGUUCAUGUUUGAUAUUUGAAGUUAUUUAAGAUGAUAUAGGAACAUUGUAGGCUACUAUAUAAGUGCUUUUAAAAAUGCUAAAUAAUUUCAUUUUAGUGACACUGAGGAACAAACUGGGUGAAUGUUAUAUUGGUCUUUUGCAGGUGGUGUUCAGCUAAUGUACUUCCAUAUGAUGUGCUGUAAAAUUUGUAAUACAUUGUGUUUUAUGCUAAUUGGAAAGAUUUCUUUAUUUGUACAUUUCUUCUAGAAAGCAGCAAAAAGGUCAUUUUCACAACAAUGAUAGAAAUUGCCCUGUUGGUUCAGUAUAGUUUGUAAAACACAUAAUUUUGUUAACGUUGCUUAAUUUAUUCAGGAAACACUUGAUGUGUUUUUGUGUCCUUUAUGUGUUAAACUUGAUUAUGCUGCCAAGACCAACAUAUUCAGAUAUACAGUGUUUGUGUUUGCUGUUCUCCUGUUAUUUGUAUUUAUUGUGUUAAUAAGUCUUGUGAAUUCUCUGCUGAAAUAAAUUAAAAUGUAUAUCAAGUCAGUUAAGAUAGUCAAGAUAAAAUUUAAAGUUUUCUUUGUCUGAUUAUGAAUAAUGUUUUGCUUAUGAUAUAUCAGAAUCAAUAAAUGAACAAGCACAAUUUUCCAAGCAGAGCAAUUUAAGUGGUUCGUUUGGGGUCAUCU